CUUGAAACUAACGCAAAAAAUCCUCCCAAAAAACCUACAGAGAGCAGCAAAAGAUCGAAAAGCAAACAUGGCGGCAGCAGUUAGCGCGUGGGCGAAGCCAGGCGCGUGGGCCCUCGACGCCGAAGAGAACGAGUCGGAGCUCCUCAAGCAACACCAGGAGGACGGAGCGGCGGCCGGCGGAGAUUUUCCGUCGCUCAGCGCCGCCAAGACGAAGAAGAAGAAGAAGCAGCAGGCCUUGCCCCUCCAGGAAUUCUUCAAGCCGGAGGCCGCCCAGGGUAAGGGCCUCACGCAGGACGAGCUCCUGGCCCUCCCCACCGGCCCCCGCCAGCGGACGGCCGAGGAGCUCGAUCGGGGGAAGCUCGGCGGCGGGUUUAGGAACUACGGCGCCGGGAUCAGGGACGAGCAGCCCCGCCGUGGGGGAGGCUUUAACCGCGAGCCCAGCCGCGAAUUUACGCCGUCUAGGGCGGAUGAGACCGACAAUUGGGCGACCGGGAAGAGGUCGACGGCCGGAUUUGGCGAAAGAAGGGAGAGGGGAGAGAGAGGGGGUUUCUUCACGGAUUCACAGUCACGUGCGGACGAGGUCGACAAUUGGGCUUCGAAGAAGAGCUUCGUUCCGUCGGAGCCCAGAAGGCAUGAGAAAAGAGUUGGGUUUGGUUUGGAAUCGGGCAACAGCGGCUCGGAUUCGGACAAUUGGCUGAAAAGGAAGGAAGAGGAGAGACCGAGAGUCGGAGGUUCUUUUGAUAGCUUGAGCAAUAGAAGAGGGGGUUCUGAUGCGGACUCUGAGACUUGGGGGAGGAAAAGAGAUGAAUCGAGUGUGGGUAUUGUUGGUGGCCGGCCCAAAUUGAAUUUGCAGCCGAGGACUUUGCCGGUAGGUGAGGGGCAGAAAGAUGAGGUUUUGGGCUCCGCUAAGCCCAAGUCCAGCAACCCGUUUGGGGCGGCCCGGCCCAGGGAGGAGGUGUUGAAGGAGAAGGGCCAGGAUUGGAAGGAGAUUGAGGAGAAGCUCGAGUCCAUGAAGGUGAAGGAGGCUUCUCCUGUGGGCCCAAAGAGGAGCUUUUGGAGCGGGAAUGGGAGGGAAAGGCCGCAUGUGGAGGAGAAGAAUGCGUGGAGGAAGCCUGAAUCUGAUGGUUCUGGUCCACAGAGUGCUGGCGAAUCUGAAAAUGGAUCGGCUGUGAACACUGUGAACGGUUCUUCCAUUAACACUGAAAAUGGACAUGCUGAAGAGGUUGAGGAGAAAACCACCCAAAAACUCAUGAUGGGUUGUUCAAAGAGGCUUUUUCUCUUCACAGCUUUUGCUAUUUUUGCAGCAGUCAUUGAUGGAGCUUAUGGGUAUGCUAUGGUUACAGGGACUGUGUUUUGUGACCAAUGCAAGGAUGGCCAGGUGUCCCUUUUCGAUUAUCCGUUAAAUGGAAUUAAAGUGGCAAUGGCCUGCCCCGGCAGUGACGGGCAGCUAACAAUGUCGAGAGAGGAGACGACUAACUGGUUAGGCAACUACGCCAUGAGGUUCGAUGGCACUCCCGAUUUGAGUGGCUGCUAUUUGCAGGUCUCGGGCAGCAGUCAGGGCCCAAAUGGUUGCGGGCCGGCCGCGGGGCCCGUUAAGAACUUGAGACUCAUGUUCAACAUGUUUAAUAUGGAGAUGUAUACAGUGGAUCCAUUGCUGGCCCAGCCUGCAGAGCCCAUGCCCUUCUGCCCAAAGUCAUCUGGGCCUGGCCCAGGCCCAGGCCCAGUUGCUCCUGCCAUCCCGCCGCCAGUGACUCUGCUGCCGCCACCUUCACCGCCGGUGCCUAAGUUGCCUCCGGCGCCUUUCUUGGAAGCUUCGGCUUGUCCUCACCAGAAAUGGAUGAUGCCCGAGUACAGAUGCUACUGGAAAGUGGUGACACCAGACACGAGAGUUUCGCUAGUUUUUGGGCUGAUAGCGGGCCGUCGGUAUGGGCCGGACAUGACCCUGGCCCAAGCCAUGAGUGGUCGAGGGGACCCUUACAGGACCCUUUUGAGAGAGGGCACAACUGCUCUUCUCAACUCAUACAACAGCCUACAAUUCCCUUUCAACUCUCUUGACGUCAUCCAGCGGGUUAAUUGGGCCUUACUCGGGUCGACCCGUCAAGUCCUUCACACGGCUUUGAGCUUCAUGAAAGCGAAUUCGGGCACUGGCACAAAUGCGACUUGCACGUUCACUUCUUGCAGUUGAUUUCGAUUAAGUCGUUAAAAGUUUAUAUGUAUGCAUUUGUUAAAUGCUAGCUACUCUUGUACUUUGCAUGGAAACAUAGAGAUUAUUACAAAUUGAGAUAUGCUUUAUUGAGUAUAUGUUGCUUUUGCUUGAGCAUGAAUUGGAGAAAGAAAGAUGGAUUUGAUAUUAAAAAUAGUAAAGAAUGCUGCUGUUAGUCUGAUAGACAA